AUGGAGGGCAUUGGUGACGAAAUUGGUGACGAAAUUGGUGAAGGUAGUCGCGAGGUUGAAGUAGAAGAGGAAGAAGAAGACUUCAUAUGGAGGUAUGAACCACAAUCCUCCUCCGACGAAGAGGAGGGUGGUGAGGAUUGUUUCACAACCCCAAAAAAGCGAAUGGUAGUAACUGCCUACGGGGAAGAGGAGGAAGUUCUUGAAUUGAAGGUUGGUAUGGUGUUUCCUUGUUGGGAGGAGAUUGAAGAACAGUUUAGGGGGUAUGCCAAACAAAAGGGUUUUGGUAUUGCCCGUCGUUGUGGUACGGUGAAAUCUGUGGUUGGUUCUGAUAAAGAGAAAGGAAUCGGGAAAGAGAAGCGUAAUUGUUUGUGGACUUGUGAGUGCUAUGGUGUGCCGGAAAGAAGGUGCAAGGCAUCCGAUUCACUCCAUGAAGUAAUUGGGAGUGGGGUACGCAAGUCUAAGAAAUGUCAAUGUCCCGUACAUGUAUUUGCAAGUGUAAAUAAGUUAGGAGAGUGGGUGAUACGUAGAGCAGUAAUGGUUCAUGAAAAUCAUCACCCCACCCCUAGUAAGUCUAGGAUUAUUCCUUAUAACCGGAAGAAGUUUUUAAGGGAAAACCCUCAUGUGUUGAGACAAGCGAAUGUAUGUUCGCAAUCUGGUAUGUUUGUAGCUCAAACUUAUAACUUAAUGGCGGUGCAACGGAAUGGUAGAGGUAGAAUGCCUUUCCUACGGAAGGAUCUUAAUGAAGUGGUUGCGAAGGUGAGGAAGGCAAGGACAAGUGGUGGUGAUGCGAGGGCAAUGUUUGACUAUUUUAAGAAGAUGAAAGCGGAUAAUUCUGAUUUUUUUCACGUGUACCGGCAAGAUGCAAAAGGGAUGUUGCAGGAUAUUUUAUGGGUUGAUGCUCGUAGUAGAGCUGUUUAUGAGGAGUUUGGUGAUGUUGUCUUCUUUGAUAGUACGUACUUGACCAAUAAAUAUAAAAUGUCGUUUGCGAACUUUGUUGGUGUGAAUCAUCAUGGUCAGAGCAUAUUACUUGGAUGUGCGCUUGUUUCUCAUGAAAAUAGUGACACUUUUGAGUGGAUUUUCGGCAAUUGGUUAAAAUUUAUGGGUGGUAAAGCCCCAAUUGGGAUAUUGACUGAUCAAGAUCCCGCGAUGAGGAGGGCUUUGAGAACAACCAUGAGCAAUACAUGUCAUAGGUGGUGCAUAUGGCACAUUCUUCAGAAGUUUAGUAGGAAACUUGGAACGCAUGUAGAGUACCCCGAUUUAAAGGUAGACCUGGAGCGCGCAAUAUAUGAUAGUCUAACAUGUGAUGAGUUUGAAUUAAAUUGGGCAACAGUGAUGGAGAGGUACCAGGUUGAUGAUGAUUGGCUUGAAGGGUUGUAUGCGGAAAGGAACAUGUGGGUUCCUGCGUAUGUGAAGCAUUUAUUUUGGGCUGGCAUGAAGACGACCCAACGAGUUGAAAGUAUAAACAGCUUUUUUGAUCAAUUUGUACACAAGCAUACUCAUUUGUAUGAGUUUGUUGAGGCUUACUGUGAAGCAAUGGAGGCAAGGGCAAAUGAAGAAAAAAUUAUACACGGACGCCAAAUUUCAUGUGGUCCAAAGAGAGUGUAG